CUACUUUGGACCACGCAGGACGACAAUAAGCCAUGGAACAUUCGCAUUUGCAUGAUCACUCUCACUCGCAUGACCACGGCCACUCUCACGAUCAUAGCCAUUCGCACGAACAUGGGGCUGACCACAUGAUCAACGGAGACGAACUGGUUCGGCGCUUCACUCAGAACCGCGGCCGGGCACCAACGCCUGACGAAGAGAAGCAGCUGCGCGAACAUGGGCACACGCACGAGCACAUGGAUCAUGUCGGGUUCUUCCACCAGCGAGACGCGGCCAAGUCUGGCCGGGACUGGGCGCAGCGGGCCUUUACCGUUGGCAUCGGUGGCCCUGUGGGUAGCGGCAAGACGGCGCUUAUGCUGGCGCUUUGUCACGCGCUUAAAGAAAAAUUCAGCCUAGCCGCUGUGACAAAUGACAUCUUCACACGUGAGGACGGCGAGUUUCUUGUGCGCCACGACGCGCUGCCCGAAGAACGUAUCCGCGCAAUUGAGACGGGCGGGUGUCCGCAUGCGGCCAUCCGAGAGGACAUCUCGGCCAACCUACAGGCGUGCGAGGACCUGACGGACGAAUUCGAUACGCAACUGCUGCUAGUGGAGUCUGGAGGAGACAAUUUGGCCGCCAACUUCAGCCGUGAGCUGGCCGACUACAUCAUCUACGUCAUCGAUGUGGCUGGUGGCGAUAAGGUUCCUCGCAAGGGCGGCCCGGGCAUCACACAGGCGGAUCUGCUAGUCGUUAACAAGAUUGACUUGGCCCCACACGUCGGCGCGGAUCUGGACGUCAUGGACCGCGACGCGAAGCUCAUGCGUGGGGAGGGCCCCACUGUGUUCUCGCAGAUUAACCAGGGCAAAGGCGUUCAGGACAUCAUCGACCACGCACAUGUGGAGGCGCAGGCCCAGCAUCUAAUAGCAGUCGCUUCUGUCGUCCGUGAGCUGCAAUCGGCCGAAAAGCAGUGCGGUAAGACGUACGCAGAACUCCCAUUCAGCGCACUGGAUGAUCUAGAGCGGCUACAACGAGUCAGCCAAGGCUUGGGCCACUUAAUUCACAAAUGCUCCGAGAUCAAAGCUACCGUUGCUCAAGAUCUGACGAAACAAGUCAUACGCUCCUCUCGAAGCGUUCGUACCGAACACAUGAAGAAGGUUCAGCAUCUUCUCUCGGAGCUGUACGAGCUUCUGCAGAAAGAAGAAGCCUUUGAUUUGGCAUACCUGAAGCUCCGUGAAGGUCGUUUGUACAGCGAGGCCCCACGCGUUAAAGCUCCGAAUGAAAGCGAGUUGUGCGUGCAUCGUGACCGGGACCAGCUGCUUCGCAAGCGAGAUGCUGAGCGGCUCGCGAAUCAGCAGUGCGUCACAGCGUUCCACUUCGCUGGCCGGCGUUGUGACACUCACGUACGUGGUGUGCUGUAUCAGACUCGCGCCGUGUUCGAGCGUAUGAUCACUUCUAUGACAGCUCUCAUCAAUGAGUUGCAAGGCAAAUUAAACCGGGAAGCACUCAGAGCGAGCGCAUCUUCAAUUAGCAAUUUCAGUGUCAAUUUCCCGGAGAGCUUUCUGGAAGGAUAUGAUUGUCACGUGGCGAUCACGGACUGGAUGAGCGACCUAUUCAGCAGACAGUGACAGUGGCAAAG